AAUUUUGACUGUGACAGAAUGUCAUAAUAACUUGAUCAACAGAAAAGUCAUAUUUCUGUGUUACCUUUCCUGUAGAAAGAUAUUAUAGUGUGUUAUAAUGCCCAUCGACUGCCAAAGAUUUACCUCAGGAGGUAAGGGGAAUUUAGGGAUGUUUAUAGAAAGAACCCCUCAUGUGAUCGCAGCCGGCAAACCAACGGCUCAACCAGAUGAUAAAAUGGCAGAUUAUUUGCAGCAUUACCUCUUAGAAGAAGAAGCCGAUGCUUUAAUUCGGGAUGCGAUACAUCCACCAAAACCUCCGCGACACCUUCCCCCUUUACGCAAACCCUUCCCCGAAGAUAGAAGAAAUGCCGCGUUUUUUACCGAAGUCCAAAAAGUAAUGUUUUCGAAGAAGAACACGAAGUUUCUAGCCCUAGCCGAGGAUUUAAAAUCCACCGUAUAUGCUUCCUACUGGAAACCUAUCGGCCAAAGCAGGGAUCCUGCUCCUAUGCUGCCAGUAGGUUUCGAUAAAAAUACAACUUUUGGAAAGAAAACAGAUCGUGUGUCUUUAUACGAUUUAGUCAUGCCCAAGGUUCCUUUACCUGACAAGACCCCGCCUUUCAAACAAGCCGGUGUUCAAAAGAAGCGUAAUUAUUGUGAACCAUUCAACCCCGACGCGAUUUUCCGUGACAAGAAAGAACUCUUAGAAUGCGUAAAGAAAUGCCUGACUGAUGACAAUGUUCAAAAUGGUAUCACUACCGUCGUAGUUGCAAGUAGCCAUGCAGACUAUUUAAACGCUACCCAUUCACGGCUAGGAAAGGUAUUGGCCCCUUGUGAUAAUAUAAAACAAGUACCAGAAGGCAGCACCUUUGGUGCUCCAUCUGGAACUCAAAUACCCUUCAUCGAAUCUUUCACUUCCUGUAAACUAUACCCAGAAAAAGAAUUAAUCAAGAAAUGCUUUGCUCAUCUCAAUCAUGUAAGAAGAGUCUUAGCCAAACUGUACUUACCAGAUUUCUUCCUUAAAUUCUACUUACUCCUUAAACACUUUGAUACAGAACAUUCCGGAUGGCUGUCAAAAGAUAUCGUUUACGAACAGUGCGUUAUAAAGAGGAUCAAAUUUGAUUCUUUCAUCAUCGAAACUCUGUUAUCAUUGUGGAAAGCUUUCGAUGGAUCCCGAAUAAAGUAUAAGAUGUUUGUUCACGUGAUAAAUUAUAGAGAACCGUCGCCAGAGAUCCCAAAAAUACCUGACAUAACAGACAAUUUCCUAAACUACCAAACGACAUACAUGGAGUUGAGCGAGCCAAAAUGUCCUGAAGUAAUAAGUCCAAUGGCGGGCGUUCCAUCCGGGCGAUAUUUCGAUCGCGACUACCCGAUAAUACCUGAAAAUUGCUACAAGAAGGAUAUAUCUUCUCUUCCACAAGAAUCUGACGCUAAGUCCUGCUUGAACCCAAGCGUCUUUCACCCGUUUAACGUCAGCCACCGUGACAUGUACGCUAAAAGAGAUCCUCAACUGGUUAGAAAAGUAUUUGAGAAGAGCGGGGAACAGUUCACGGAUGAUACUUUUGAGGAAAUUUGGCAAGAAGCUAUGAAACAACAUUCUGAGGGAUGGGUGUGUUUUGAAACGUUCAGGCGCGCAUUGAAUAAGCAUCAUGGUAGAAAGUAGAUUCUCGUUAAGAACAACGUAGGUGUUACAAUGAAGUUAUUCAUAGUAUUACUUUAAUUAACUUAAAGAAAUGU